AAAAUAGAAUUUCUGAAUUCGGUCGAUUCCGAUCCGAAAAUUCCCGAUCAUCGAAUUAGGUUUUUCUUUCCAGUUUCCAUUUUUUGACAUAUAAAAUCCUAAAUUAAUAAUAAUAAAACUUAAAAUACACCGAGAAAAAAAAAAAAAAGGAAGUACCUGGCAUUAGAAGAGAAGUGAGAACGGUGUUUUGCUAAACCCAAAACCUCAAGGAAUGCAGAAGUUCUUUCAAUGGCGUCGCUCAAUCCACCGAUCUCUACCCUUGAAUCCCAGAUUAUUUACUCAUAUGCCAUCGUCGUCUUUCCCCUCAAUCUCUCGUUUCUUAAGCCACUCUCCACCUGCAGAAGAAGAAGAAGCUUACGACCCCCCAUUUUCUCCCACCCGAACUGAAACCCCCAAAACGAAACACAAGCCAAAAAUCAUUUCUAAGAAGAAGGACCGACCUCCAAAAGUCACAAAUGAAAUCAAUUCCGGCACCACCACCACCACCGAUUUUCCGGCGAAAUCCGAGCUGCCCUUCGAUUUUAUGUACUCGUAUUCGGAGAUCAGCCCCGGUGUUGACCCCAUAGGUUUCCGUGAGCCCAAGAGAUUCUCACCGUUCGGGCCGGGCCGACUCGAUCGGAAGUGGACCGGAACAAGUGCCCCGGCGCCGCAGAAGCCGGACUUGGAGAAGCUGGCGGAGGAGCGCGUUAGGGUUCAGGGUGAUCCACUCUCCGAGGAGGAGAUUGCGGAGCUCGUGGAGAAGUAUCGGCACAGCAAUUGCUCCCGCCAAAUCAAUUUGGGAAAAGGAGGUGUUACACACAACACACUCGAAGACAUCCAUAACCACUGGAAAAAAGCAGAGGCGGUGAGAAUAAAAUGCUUGGGUGUGCCAACUCUUGACAUGGAUAACAUUUGCUUCCACCUCGAGGAUAAAUCUGGAGGAAAGAUUAUAUACCGUCAGAUAAAUAUAGUCUUGAUAUACCGUGGUCGUAACUAUGAUCCAAAAAAGAGAGAGCAGAUUCCAGUAAUGUUAUGGAAGCCUUUGUCGCCGAUUUAUCCCAAGCUGGUGAAGAAUGUUGCUGAUGGUCUUACGUUUGAACAAACUAAGGAGAAGCGAAACAUAGGCCUUAAAUCGCCUCCUCUAAUGAAACUUACUAGGAACGGUGUGUAUGUAAACGUUGUGGAUAAAGUGAGGACAGCGUUUGAGACUGAAGACAUAGUAAGGCUCGACUGUACUCAUGUCGGGGCAAGCGACUGUAAGAGAAUAGGCGUCAAAUUACGAGACCUUGUUCCUUGCAUUCCUAUCUUGUUCAAAGAUGAGCAGAUUGUGCUCUGGAAGGGAGUUAAGAUUGUUGGUGAUGACAAUGAUGCAGCCUUUGAGAUUUUGAUAUUAUGA